UUAAUAAAACAAGAAUUGAAUUCUAUAUUUAUCAAAGAGUUUUCCUUAUUGGAUAAUGUAACAGCGUCGAUAGAUGGACAGUAACACUAAAUGCUGCAAUUAUCCGACACUUAAUUGUUUUGCUUGAGUGUUUAAAUCGAGGGUUGUUUGAGAGAACAAUCAGGAAGACGAUUGGAGAAAUUCUGACAUAUGUUUGGAGGAAAGCAAGUAGCCGAAAAAAUAUGUAUAUCAUCUAUAGUACAUCAUCGAAAUUCGCUAACCAUUUUUGAAAGUGAAAAGUGAUAAAUUCGAAAGAUGUGGUGGAAUAAUUAUUUCGUGUUUUAUUUAUUUUAUAUUCUAAAUGUUGUCGGCGAUUCCAUUGCUGUUUCCUUUCACUGUGACAGAGGAUGGGACAAAUUCGAAGAUAAAUGCUACAGACUGUUUCCUGGAUCCAGAAAUUGGCAUCAAGCUCGUGAUGGUUGUACAGCGCAUGGAUCGACACUUCCAGUAGUGUCAAAUAGAAGAAUCCAAAGAUUCAUCAUCAAACAGUACGGGCAUCUGCUUGGUUCACACGGCGUGUAUUUGUCUGGAAAUGAUAUUAAACGGGAGGGCAGUUGGGAAUGGUUGGAUGAGGACGAACCAUUUUCUUUUCACACCUGGUAUAAAGGAGAACCUAACAAUGAUAAUGGAGACGGUGAUUGUUUACAUAUUUGGAAAACUCACGGAUAUCAGUGGAACGAUGUCGCUUGUAAUUACCCUAUCUCAAACUUUUUGUGCUCUAAACCAGGAAGGAGAAUUCAAGCAACUUUGUCGACAUCUUGUGGUUGCAUGAAUGGAAACCAAAUUUUUUGCAAAAUUGGAGACAUAUCACAUACGAGGAGUAAGUAAAUAAACAAAAAAAAUCUCACAUGCAAAGCAGACUUGCAACUCUAUAAGUUAAACAUCCUACCAACAAGUGAAAAAAGAAGUAAUGACGUAUCAUUAUCCUAAAAUCUAUGUACAAAAUAUGCAUGUAAAAUAUACAAAAAUGUUCCAAUACUUAAUUUACUGCCCAUAAAAGAUCUUUGAAAAAAAGAAGUGAAUGUGUU